AUGGCCCCCUCAGCACUCUCCUCCCCCCUCUACCUCCCCCUCUCCUCCUACAAAGCCUACGACUACGUCCACUGGUACGUAGGCAACGCCAAACAAGCCGCGUCCUACUACAUCGCCCGCAUGGGCUUCCGCCGCAUCGCCUACAAAGGCCUCGAGACAGGCUCCCGCGCAAUCUGCUCGCACGUCGUCCGCAACGGCGACAUCACGUUCGUCCUCACAUCCCCCCUGCGCUCCCUGGACCGCAUGGACCGCUUCCCCCCCGAGGAGCAGGACCUCCUCAAGGAAAUCCACCGCCACCUCGAACAGCACGGCGAUGCCGUCAAGGAUGUUGCCUUUGAGGUCGACUCGGUCGACUCUGUUUUUGGCGCUGCGUUGAGGAACGGCGCGAAGAUCGUCUCGCAUCCUCGGACGCUGCAGGACGAGAAGGGGUCCGUUAGGGUUGCCACGAUCCAGACGUACGGGGAGACGACGCACACGCUGGUCGAACGGGGAGGCUACGACGGUGCGUUUCUGCCCGGGUACCGGGAUGAGUCUGGCGAGGAGGCUCAGGAUCCGAUCCAGAAGCUCUUACCUGGUGUGCAUCUGCGGCGGAUUGACCAUUGCGUUGGGAACCAGGAUUGGGACGAGAUGGAGAAGAUCUGCGAUUACUACGAGAAAGCCCUCGGAUUCCACCGUUUCUGGUCGGUCGACGACAAGCAGAUCUGCACGGAAUUCUCCGCCCUAAAAAGCAUCGUCAUGGCCUCCCCCAACGACAUCGUCAAGAUGCCCAUCAACGAACCGGCGAAAGGCAAGAAACAGUCCCAGAUCGAAGAGUUCGUCGACUUCUACAACGGCGCCGGCGUGCAGCACAUCGCCCUCCUCACCGACGACAUCAUCAGGGACAUCACGAACCUGAAAGCUCGCGGGAUGGAGUUCAUCAAGGUGCCGGCCCAGUACUACGAGGACAUGACGGUGCGGCUGAAGACUGCGGGCAUGGUGAUCGAGGAGGACUUUGAGACGAUUCGGAGCCUGGAUAUCUUGAUUGAUUUUGACGAGGGGGGGUAUUUGCUGCAGCUGUUCACGAAGCAUGUCAUGGAUCGCCCGACGGUGUUUAUUGAGAUUAUCCAACGCCAUAAUUUCUCCGGCUUUGGGGCCGGGAAUUUCAAGUCGUUGUUUGAGGCCAUUGAGCGUGAGCAGGAACUGAGGGGGACGCUGGUGUAG